AUGACGGAACCCAAAACCCCGGCAACGUCGGGAAAGCUGACCCAGAUUGGUUUGCGGCGGUUUGCGGCAGUUGCUGCACUCGGUGCACACGAAAUUCAAUUCUGGCUGCCACCGGGCCCAGUGUUUGUUUUGGAUGAAGUAGAUGGCCAGCGUUAUGUUCUACCUGGCGAUAUUCCUACCUCUUCAACGACAGAGAACAACCCCGCACACUCACAGUCGACCGUUCUGGAUGGCAAAGGUCUCUGCUGGGCCCUGCCGGAAUCACCCUUUUCAUCCCAGCCUGCGUGGAUGUUUGAGGCCGAGCCCAAGACCGCCCGAGUAUCUAUACGGCUGAACCCUCAAACAUCCGCCAGUCAUGGACAUGCCAAGGAUGCCGCCAGCGUGGUAGUAACGGUCCACGCCCCCAACGCGACCCUUACUUCACACGCCGCACGACCCCACGCCGAUGUCGACGGCUGCGAGUACGCACUAGAGUUCGAAGGCGGCAGAGACCUCGCAGACGCCAUGGCAGGCUUCUACUGGGGUACCAUGCUCCCCUGCGUCGUGGAGCGGACCACGGCGGCCGACUACCCGGACGCCUCGGGCUAUGUCAUCAGCACUCUGGCGGACAAGUACGUCGGCACCUACCCGGACGUAGACCACGAGUUCCAGAUCAAGGGCCGCCUGGCCGCCGGCUCCGCCGUCGAUUUGCACGUCGUCCGCCGCAUGAUGGAGCUGCAGUUCCGAAUGAUGCGCGAGGACCCCUGCGGCCUGUGGCGGGACCCUUGCGCCGUCCAGCCGUCCGGGGACCGCGAGUACCACGUCCGCCGGAACAGCAUGGAUCGCCGUGAGAACGCCGUCAUGUUCCUCAUCACGGGGAAUGUGGAGGUUGUCGAGUCUGUAUGGCUCUACGUUGGGCGUACGGGGGACUUCGAGUGGCUGAGACGCCAUAUCGAGGACCUCGAGGGUGCUCUGUCCUGCGUCGAAGGGUGUAUCGAUCCGCUGGGACGGCUGUGGUCCGACGUGUAUUACGAAGACCAGGUCAUCAAGGACGGGCGCGAAACCAUGGCUGCGGCGUUGGCGAUACGGUCGUUUGAGUUAAUGGGCGAGAUGGAGCGGCUGCUAAAGAGAUCGGACCGUGCCGAACACUACAGGAACCUCGCCGCAAAGCUCGCCGAGGUCAUCGCAAAACCCCUGCCCCUGGGCUGCUGGGACGAGACGAAGAAGCGCUUCAUCGACUGGGUCGACCGAUCCGGCAACGUCCACGACCACAUUCACCUCCUGGCCAACGAGCUCCCAGUCAUGUUCGGCGCAGCUUCCAAAGAGCAGACCAAAGACGUGCUCGACCUCCUGCGCAGGGAAGAGAAGGAGUUUCAACGGUUCCCCAGCUUCCUCGCCGCACGCGUCCAAGACUACAACGACAGCGAGAUAGGCGACGGCGGUCCCUAUGACCUGUGCGCCGCCGGGCGGUACUGGUGCUGGGACGCCGCGUUUUGGUCGUGGCGGGGACGGCGCGACGUCCUGCUCGACCAGCUCCGGCGCGUUGCCAAAAUGGGCAAAAGGGAUGAGUACGUCAUGGGCGAACGGUACGACAUGAACCAUGUCUACUAUCUCGACGGUCCGCCCUGGCAUGGGGCCGCGCAUUAUUACGAGUAUCCAUGUGUCUUUGCUUGGGUCCUCGUAAAUGAGUACCUCGGGGUCAAAGCAAUUCUAGAUGCGGCUGCCCAGAGGCAAAUCGAAUCAGCUGGAGCGCCAGAUAUGAAGAUCGUUCCGCGGCUAGUUGGAUCCGGUUCCGUCACACUUCGCCAGGAAGCAUACCAAUUGCAUUAUGAAUACUCUCCCACGACUGAUGCCUCCUCUCUAGGUCAAGCAGAUCAGACAGUGGAAUCAGUGGAGGCUCUACCGUCCAAGAAGACGGGUGGGAAGUUCACACUGCGAAACUUGGCGCCCAAUAGACCUUAG